CCCGUACAUUGUGGACGGGCUAAACGGCCUUUCGUCCGUUUUCCUCGUUCCAAAUCAUCCAGGAUUUUUUUUAUAAAAAGGAGAGGUCCCGUCGUCAGGGCCUUGCCUCGUUCCCUCCCAAUCAUCCUGCCGCGCGCCGCACGUAGACGUAGGUAGCUACGAUUCGAUUCGUGCUAGGAUUUAGUCGUCCUGUCGUCGCACCAGCAUUACUAGCAUUCAGCAACACCAAUGGCUGAGAAGAAGAUGCUUACGCUGAGGAGCUCCGACUGCGAGGAGUUCGAGGUGGAGGAGGCGGUGUUGAUGAAGUCAGAGAUCAUUCGCUUCAUGAUCGAGGACGACUGCGCCGACAACGUCAUCCCGCUCGCCAACGUGAAUUCCAAGACUCUCGCCCUGGUCAUCGAGUACUGCAACAAGCACGUCCACGCCGACGCCGCGGAGACCACCAGCGCCUCAUCAGCUGGGGGCGGCGGCGAGGUCGACCUCAAGAAGUGGGACGCGGAGUUCGUCAAGGUCGCGCCGGCGACGCUCUUCGACCUCAUCAUGGCUGCCAACUAUCUCGACAUCAAGGGGUUGCAGGGCCUGACCUGCCGGGCGGUGGUCGACAUGAUCCAGGGCAAGUCACCGGAGGAGAUCCGCAAGACCUUCAACAUCAAGAACGACUUAACCAAAGAGGAGGAGGACGCGAUCCGUAGCGAGAACUCCUGGGCCUUCGACCCGCUCCCCGUCCGUAGUAGUGGACCGCGGUGGUUACUGUUAGCUUUGAUCUCGAUUGCUAGUUUGCUCGUCUGCAGUUAUCUUCUGAUCUGAUAAUACAUUAAUAAGUAGUUCGUUUUGUCUACAAUUAUUAGCUGAUAUAUAUUGAGGAGUUCGUCUGUGAUCUGCAGUUAUCAGCUAAUAUAUUAAGUAUUUAGGAAUUCCAUCUACAAGUUGCGCAUAUAAUUAA